AUGAACGAAGAUGAAACAUCAUCAGAAGAAGAAGAUUUGAGGAAAAACGAAGCAUCAUCGGAAAAAGAAGGCUUGAGCGAAAAAAACCAGGCAAACGAUAAUGAAGAGUCUUCUGAAAUCGAGGAUUUAGAACGUCGUCAUGAAUAUGAAUUGCCAACGAAAAUAAAUAAUUUGUUGCUAGGCCUCUCAAUGGACUCAACCCCGUUAAUGGAAACAGACGAAAAAAUACUGUCCGUUCGAGAAGAACUGGCGAAUUACGUGUCAAGAGUUAAACAGGAUUCUAAAUUUGAAACGUUUUGGUCAGAAAACAACAAUGAUUUAAAAUGUUUGGCAUCGCUAGUUCGUCGUUAUAGUGUUAUUCCAGCGAGCUCCGUUGCAAGUGAACGAGUUUAG